AUGAUUGCUAUGAAGGAUAAGAAGGCGGCAACAUCGACCACAUUCCGUAGUCCGGUGUCAUCGUUUUCGACCACAAGAAGAGAGACGAGUAAUAUUGAUGGUCAUGCUGUGGAGAUGGUUGAGAUCGAGAGGAAGAGUAAUACCGAAACGAAGCCUGAUUCUACUCAAGUAAGUCGUUUCUUUGUGUUUUUCUUGGUUUAGUUAGAGUUUAUGGAUAGGGAAAGCAAUUCUGUUGUGGCUAGGUCAAACGAUUUAUUAUUUUCUGGGGGUGGUAUUUGAAAAAGAGAAGGUGUCGGUACUAUUAUUUUUGAUUUUUUGUGCAAAAGUCAUAUACGACAUUUUAUUUAUUUAAUAAUAGCCCUAAUAUGCUUUUAUACUGUUAUUUUUUCAAUUUUAACAGUAUGUCAUUUAAGGUAGAGCUGGUGUUUGAAGACGAGCAAAGUAUAGCAUCAUUGGCAUUUUCCGCUGGAAGCGGCGACAAUUCUAGUAAUGCUUUAUUAGCAAUCUCGAAGAAAGAUCGACAAGGAAUCCCAUUGCCUACUGACAGUUUGGAACUCAUUCCUAUUCCGAAGACUAAAAGGUAACUAAAAUAAUCUUAACUAUCAUGAUAGCUAACAUUAAUGCAAGUAUAGCUAAAAACUAAUAAUACUCUUUAAAAUAUGAUUUAAAGCUGUUAAAAUAGUAUUUAUAUUAGGACAGACUUUAAAAUGAAACGCUUAAAGACGUUUUAAUACCUAAUUUUGGGUUUAACAUACAGAAAAGUUGUCAGUUAUACUUAUUUAAUACCUAAAAAAUAAACAAUUUAAAGCUAUACAAUGCCUAAAAUACCAAUUUUCAGUGACUUAUUGAGACAAAGAAGCUUUACAAGUGCUCGAAAAAUGAGUGAACCAAACUUUGGCCGUCUGAUCCGACGUAGCGAUCGUAUGUUAGCUGAUUCAGGACGGCGGAUCCGAAGAGCACGUUCAAGCAGUGAUACUCAACGUGACAUGCGCCGCAGUUAUAACGGCGAGCUGACCGUUAGUAACGUUCAUUUUGGCAAUUCAAAUUUGAAGAAGAAUGAGCUUCAGUUGGCACAGAAUAACUACUCGAGUUGCGAAGGUAAGACCUACUAUAAUAUAAUAUUAAAAUGCAGUUUAAAAAAUUGGGAAAAAUUAAAUUUAAAAUAAAAAAUGAUGUCAAAAUUUAGAAAACGAGCCAUGUUGUUCCAAGUACAUUGAUAACGAGCCUUCUACUUCAACAAAACGUCCAGACAAAGCACUAGCCGUCAUUCCAAGCACAGCUUUACAUCGUACGUUGGAAAGAAUAGGUAAUGAGAACCUACCUCAACUUCGAACUGACAGAGAAGGCGAUCUCAAGAUGCAAAUCACUAAAUUCUUGGAAGAACUGAUUGAUAAGCAUCCAGAGACAUUGGAUGCUAUUGAAAAUGUCAGAAUGAGUCGAUUGAGCAAACAAGACAUACCUGAAUACAAAGUUCAUGAGCCUGAUGAUCUGAAUUCAAAUGAAAACCCCUCGGCUUUACAGUUAGGCUUACGACAAGGCACUCAUGUAGCUUAUGAUCAUGAAGACACCACAGAAGGGGCGUUACAUUCAUUUCAAGAUGAACAUGGCAAUUGGUGGACCUAUGCCUUCGAUGAACAAGGUAGUGGAACUGCUCAAGCUCUUGGGUCUAGUACAGCUAUUGCCGAGUUGUUUGAUCGUCGUCGUGAGAAAAAUCACGAUGGUGAAGAGAAACGCCACGUCAAGCGGUUGCCGAAGCUGCAGCGUUCCGAAGACGAUCAUGAGUUCUCGUACAAAUCGACUGGUCGAUUAAGCGAUGCCAGACCAAUCGAAGUCCACAAGCCUAAAGAUCAUCGACGAAGCCUAUCGCUGGGACCUCGUGAUUCUGUUUUGGUGUCUUCUAACGCAUCGUACACAGAAUUGGAGAACUUUUCAGUCGGAUCCUCAGGUCAGAAGCCUCAUGAAGACGACAGUGACAGUGAUAAAUGCAUAUUAGACCACCCGACCAGUGUAUUCCACCCAGCCGGGCCCAGUCAUGCUGCUGAUUAUGGGUCACGAGGUGAGAGGAUAAACAAUGUUGAUACUACCAACAAUAACAAUCGACCGUUCAUAUCAUUUGUUAAUCUAGCCUCACGGUUAUACAACAACCAAAUUCAACGUAACUCACCAGGUAAUCGCGAGCGAGCCUCCAUCAACUCUUCAUCUACGACACAUUGGAAUGUGCCCUACAACUUCCAUACCAAUAUGUCACAUCAGUCACGAAUGGCACUAGAAGCGUUCGCUUUGGAGAGUCGACGAAGACUACAAGUAGAUGCUGGAGAGAGAAUGCAAUGGCAAGAUUAUAUGCGUUUAGACAACGAAGUCAUCGUCAUGGACAACAUGAGCAACAACAGCAGACGUCAGUCCACCAACUUCACUCAACCUCGUGCCAAGUCUCAACGACCAGCUCCGACCAAGCUCAACUACUACUACCGACUACGACUCUUUCCUAAAUGGGUACCAUUUUACGAUCCGAAUGGCGUUAAACUAAAGUUAAACCGGCUGGCAUUAACAGCGUUAUUCGAUAGAAAUCGAUCGAUGACAUCCUGUUUCUUUGAUAUCUCUAUAAGUGCUAUGGUAACCUUGAUGGCGGCGAUAGUAAUCCAUCGUGGCAUCUACUCUGACAUCUGCACCUUCUUCUUCGCCUUCGUAGUAGCCAGUUCCCAGUUCUCACUUCUGAAGAGUGUUCAGCCAGAUGCCUCGUCUCCAAUACAUGGCUUCAACUGGCUAGUCAGCUACUCUCGCCCCAUCUACUUCUGCCUCUCCUGCACCAUCUUACUCUUCUUCGAAUGGCAACUCAACGUCAUGAAUUCUGUAUUCGCUUCACCGUCCCGAAUCCACCGUGUCGGUCUUCAAUGGAAUCCUAAACUUGCGGCCGAAUUCACGGUAGAAGCCAUUCUUGUCAUCGUGCGCGACUUCAUGGCUACAUUAAUAUUGUUUCUGCCAAUCAUGUUUACUUUCGGCUUGUUACCACAAGUAAAUACCUUGGUAAUGCAUGUUAUGGAGCAGAUCGAGAUGAAUCUCUUCGGAGGAACGGCCGCUUUUUCCAUGAAAUCAUCGUUAGUAUCCGUGGGAAGGUCGAUUGUUACAGUAGCUGGUCUAACCGGACUAGGAAUCUGGAUCAAUUACAUGGAGCCAAACUCAACACAGAACCUGUACUUUAGUAUUUUUGUAGCGUUCGUAUCAUCGUUCUCGUACCUAGCUUCACGAUGGUCGAACAACCCACUGUUCUACCAAAUGUUCUGGGAGAAGUGUUGUUUAUGUUGGCAGAACGGAGUCUUCUGUAAGUCAGAAGAGACAUCGGCCGACGAAUCUCGAGUCACUUAUCGACCGAAAGACGUUGACAGCGCCGUUUUCAUGGAGUUGAAGGCCAAAAAGAGCACAACUUCACAAGAUCCACCCCCAAGCACUAUUGAUCCCCUACCCGAUCAAAUCAGACGCACAUUGGUAUUACGAAGCCAGCACGAUGGCUUUGUCUUCAUCCUCAACAGUUGUCUACUGUUUGCUUUACAUGCCACAUCAGUAUUUACUGUAGCUCAACCUCACUUCCAAACCAUAUGUUGUUGUUUAUGUACGGUGAUCGGGAUUCUGAAUCACUACAUCUAUCAUCAGAUGAGAUCCCACACUCCGUGGAAGCUAUUCUCUCGACCGCUGCUCAAAUCAUUUGAAUAUAAUCAGUUCGAAACCACGGUACAAGCACGCUUAAUGAUAUUCGAACGUGCUCACGUUUGGCUACAAACACUCGAAAAGUACCUACUGUAUCCUCUGACCAUAAUCAGCUUCUUGACCACGGAGCAAUGGAUAUGCAACUCAAUAUUCAUCACAUCAUUGGUGGCGUUCCGACUCUUCCGACAAGCAUAUUCUACUCCACAAGUACUGUACAUACCAUUCACGGCUGCUUUUAUAAUAACUUUGAGCAACUUCGGGUCAUUCACUGGAAGUUACAGUAGUAAUUAUGGUACUGUCAAUAAUUUUAACAAUGGAAAAAUGAAUCCUGGCGGCUCUGAAUCCACUGCUGUAGAUAUAAUGAAUGGUAACUUUAUAUUCCAACAAGUGUUUCAAGGCAAACCAUCGUUCCUCCUGCUGUUCUACUUACUGGCCUUGCUUUGGCCGAAAGUCGAAGAGCUAUUGCUCAAGUUGAACUUCAUUUUCGUCUACAUUGCACCAUGGCAGAUAUCUUGGGGUUCCGCCUUCCACGCCUUUGCUCAACCAUUCGCCGUUCCUCACACUGGCUUCAUCGCGGCUCAAGCUGUUGUGUCAAGUCUAAUAUCAGCCCCAUUGAACCCAGUGCUAGGUUCUUCUCUCUUCCUGUUAUCGUACUGUAGACCGGUAAGAUUCUGGGAGCGUGAUUACAAUACGAAAAGGAUGGACAACUCCAAUCUAAGGUUGGUAUCGCAACUCGAUCGUGGCCCAAUGAUGGACGAUUCAAGUCUGAAUGCCAUUUUCUACGAACACUUGACUCGAUCGCUGCAGAAGUCAUUGGCCGGCGACUUGGCCAUGGGACGAUGGGCGGCUUCGGUGGAGGCUGGGGAUUGUUUUAUACUUGUCAGCUUGUACUUGAGUUGCAUGGUGCAUAUUAUUGAAGUUGGAAAUGGAUUUGUGACGUUUCAAGUGAGGGGUUUGGAGUUCAGAGGCACUUAUUGUCAUCAGAGAGAAGCUGAAGCCAUCAGUGAGGAUUGGGCCGAUGGUGGCGGAUGUUGUUGUUGUGCUUUGGGAAGUGUGCCAGGCUUGUUGUCCUACAAUAAUGCUUGGGCGUUGAGGUAAGUUGAGUACAAGGACAGUGACAAAAAGAUAAUACUGUUAAAGAUGUCAUAACUUAUAGACAGAUUUUUGAAAAUUUUAAAAAACUUCAAUCAUUCUAAAAAUCAUUCCUUCAUCACUUCAGAUGGCUAGCCUGGGAAGUGACCUCAAGUAAAUACGUGAUAGACGGCUACUCAAUCACCGACAACUCGGCUGUUAAUCUACUACAGGUUCACGAGCUCAGACGCCUAUUAGUGACAUUAUACGUAAAAUGUAUAAUUUACUUUGCAACUCGCUGUAAAGAUCUACCUAAUUGGCUAGCCAAUCCAGUCAUUUCCAAAGCGAUGGACCUAAUUCAGAACAAUCCAAACUACGCGGAUGGAGAUCCAAUGUUCUGCUCGGCUAAUGAUGAAGACUUUGACAUUAGUUUGAUGGCCAUUUCGAAGCAAAAGUUCUUUGAAAAAUACGAAAACUGGAUUCAUUUUUGCGCUGAAGAAAGGAAGAAACUUAUGGGGUAAGUUUACGUGUUGGAUAUUGUUUUCUACGGUUUUUCAUGUUAAAAUUCUGUUAAAAUGACUUUUUUUAGUCCCAAAAGUAUAAAAAACAGUUUUUUCAAUUUUAAAAUAUAAAAUAAUGACUGCCAUUUUAGAAAACAUGACUUAGAGACUUCAAAGAUCAAUGUGUUCUCGUUUGCAUUGUCAAUAUUGGGAAGACGUGCUCUGGGAGCAGCUGCCUACAACCGACAUGCAAAUGCCGCUGAGUCUUUCUUGUACGGUCUUCAUUCGUUGUUCAAGGGAGACAUGAGGUAGGAAUUGUGAGGUUAAAAAGUAAAUGAAUUGAACUUUGACGUAAAAUAUAAAUAAAAUGAAAGUGUUAACUUUAAAAAGUUUUUAAAAUACAAAAUUACCAAGUUUGUUACCUAAUUGUUUGCAUUCAAGCAAAAAUAUACUACCCUAGUACAUUCCUAACAAUGUAAAGCUAAAAGACAUCAGCUGUAUCAAGUUUGAUGAAAAAUUUAAGUCACACACUCAAUAUAGAAGUUCAUUGUUACAGAGUAGCAUCAGUGACGGACGAAUGGGUCCUUGCCGACCCCGAAAUCUUGGGUACGGUAAUAUCACCGGCUGUCAGGAUGGCUCUAAAACUACAUCAAGAUCACUUUGCCGCUGUAGAUGAUUAUGAUGACUACGAAACAUUCUAUUGUCGCAUACAUCAUUAUCAAAGCCAUAUUUUUAUAUCUCAUGAGGUAAGUGGGUUGAAAAUGUUGACAACAUUUUUUUAAAGAUAACACACUUUUCACGGUCCGUAUUUUACAAAUGAAUAUUAAAAAUAGUAAAAUAUGAUUUUAUAAGUUUUGGAUAGAUACAAUAUGUGUUUGUUUACCUUUCCAUAAUAUGAUCAUGAAUUUAAGCACGAUCCCGCGUGGCGCCAAGCUAUUAUAGCUAACACACCAUCGUUACUGGCUCUCAGACACAUGUACGACGAAAGUCAAGAUGAUUACAAAGUUAUUAUGCUCAACAAAAUGCACUUGAACAUGAGGUAUGCCUAGGGCUGCUUAAACUUCGUAAAAACAGAUUUUUUCAUUCAAAAACGUCAGAUCAUACCUAUUAUAAUAUGAAAAAGUAAAAUAAUUUUGUCUUGAAGACAAUCUCUUAUGCUACAUUAUUACCUAAAAUAACCUUCAUUUUCUGAUUACACUUAUUUCCAGGGUAAUAAAACUAAACCGAGAAUGUGUCCGAGCUUUUUGGUCAGGCCAACAACAAGAACUCAUCUUCCUCCGAAACCGCAAUCCAGAACGAGGAUCCAUCCAGAACGCAAGACAAGUCCUCCGAAACAUGAUCAACAGCUCAGCCGACCAACCAAUCGGCUAUCCCAUUUACGUGUCACCAUUAACAACAUCAUUCAUCGAAACUCACACUCAGAUUCCGGAGAUCGUUGGAAGGCCAAUCACCUUCUGCUCUAUUGGCAGUCAAAGCACAAAACUGUUUGGCCGAUUGAGAAAACAUUUCGGAACAUCCGGUUCAUCCAAUAUUGCACAGACCACGACAAGACCUCAACAAUCCACACAAUCAACCCUAUCACAACAACCACCAGAAUACCCGUUAUAUCAAGUGAGUCCGGAAUUCAGAAGGCGACGGAAUAACGAAAAAGAUUGGGCCGGCCAAGCUUCAUCAACUCAAGCUGAAGGUUUGUCGGCCAAUUUCAAUCAGAAUCGCAUUAUCAACUCGGCAGCGGCCUCGGAAAACGCUAAAAAUGAAACUGAAGAUGCCAAAAUAGAAUAUAUUUUAAAAGAUAAGGUUGUGGAGCUGGUAGAUUCUAACAGAGUAAGCCUUUUGCGCCUAGCUAUAAACUAUUAUAAAAAUGAAGAAAAAAUGGCAAAACAUAUUGUUUUAGGUGUAAAACGGGCCUAAAACAUAUUGUUAACGUAUUUUUAAGGUCCAAACAUUAUUAUUAAGUAAAGCUGACAUAAAAACAAAUGUUUUAAACACCAAGCGAGCCUAAAAAGUACCGUUUUGGGCAUCUUACACUCCCAAAAGCAGAAUUUUCACAUAAAAAUCAACUUAGCGCUCGAUUUGACGUCGAUGUACUUAAAACUUUAGCCUAAAAACCAAUUAAACAUAAAAAAUAUUACCUAAACUUCCAGGUCCUGUCCCGUAUGAAUGAGUCUAGACUAGAAAGACGACUGGUCCGUUGGCCAAACGAAGAAUUCCGCACCAAGGGCGGCAAAAGCGGCUGGCCAAGCGACUUUGAAGUGAAAGAAGGAAUAAAAGGCAUCGUUGUCCAUGAAUGGCAUCCAUACCAUUCCAACCCUGAAUUUAGGUCCCAUUUGAACCAGGUUGUGUGCCUUGUAAGUCCUUCAAAACAUAGUUAAUAUCCUUUUAAAUUAUAUUAUAAUAAGCAAAAAAAUCUGAAAAUCGCUAAAAUUUGAAAUAGUUGUUUGAUUUUUCAAGAUACCUUCACGUCCCAAUAUGUUGUGAUAGCUCCUGUAAAAAACAACCCAAGAUAUUUUAGGUUCGCGUACUAACCAAAGACGAUCACGUCUUCAUACCCGUCAGCCUUCCAGGCCUUCGAGAAUACAAAGGAGAUCGUAUUCAAACCGAAACCAAUCUCUAA